UUUUUUUUUUUUUUUUUCUGGUCACAGGGCUAGCAUCACCAUCCUUGUUUCGUUGAGAAACUGGCCUCAGAAACCUCAACAGUGUUUUCAGCUACCGCGGCAUUAACUCUUACACACUCUGGCGGUCAACGAUUAGCACGCGGAGAUAAUUGGUUCGGAUAGUAACAACGUAGUUCGUAUGUAUCUGAUAGAACCGAUUCUAGGUUCAAGCAAGUGAGAGUUAUGGAGGAGAUUUCAAGUUCAGGGUACAAGGAAUAUGUUGCUGGCUGUCUCGCUGGUGUUGCCGCUGUAGCCUCUGGCCACCCCUUUGACACCGUCAAGGUGAUGCUGCAAAAGCACAAUGCAGAAGCACAUAUGAUUCAGUACAGAAAUGGAUUACAUUGCACUGCUAGGAUAUUAAAGACAGAAGGAAUCAAAGGACUUUAUAGAGGAGCAACAUCAUCUUUUGUUGGGAUGGCAGUAGAAGGAUCACUAUUUUUUGGUAUUUAUUCCCAGACAAAAAUGUACCUUCAGGGGGGAGUUCAAAGUGGGGAACCACGGCCGCAAGUAAUAAUACCGUCUGCAGCUUAUAGUGGUGCCAUCAUCAGUUUUGUGUUAGGUCCAACAGAGCUGAUAAAGUGUAGGAUGCAGAUACAAGGCACCGACUCUUUGGUUCCCAAGUCCAGUAGAUACAGUAGUCCCCUUGAUUGUGCUCUUAAAACAGUAAAAACUGAAGGGGUGAAAGGAAUUUUUCGUGGAGGUUGUACAACAUUGCUUAGAGAAUCUAUAGGGAAUGCUGUCUUUAUGAGUGUCUACGAAUAUGUGCGUCAUCAAAUGCAUUCAAAUAUCAAAGUUUCUUCAUCCAAUUACAGCAACCUGGUUGAUAUUGGAAUCGGGAUUGCUGCUGGAGGUCUUGGUGGUGUUGGUUUUUGGUUGACGGUUUUGCCUCUUGACGUGGCAAAGACUUUAAUUCAGACAAACCCUGACAAAAACUGUCCAAGAAAUCCUUUUCGGGUCUUGAGUUCAGUCUACCAAAGGGCUGGAUUUAAGGGGUGCUAUGCAGGUUUAGGUCCUACUAUAAGUCGAGCAUUUCCUGCUAAUGCUGCAACAAUUGUCGCGUGGGAGUUAGCAUUGAAAAUGCUAAGCAUAAGGCGUGACUAAGGUUGGUUCCUUUCAAUUAUGAUAUGAUGACCUUUCUUUUCUGAUACGCAUCAAAUGGUGAUUCUUUUUGCAUUAUCUUUGUACAGACUACCAAAUUGCUGAUCAUACCGCAAAUCUCAGGACAUCAUUCAGCAUUGCAUUUGAAGCCGCUUAUUUAAUUCUUUUUUAUUAGAGAGCUUGGUUAAAGAACUUGGAAUCAGGGGCCUUGAUUUUAGCUGUCCUCUACAUGACUUUUACCCUCUAAUUUUUUGGAUAGAACAUUUCUAUCACUGGCAUAAAAUAAUAUUGUUAAUAGCCAUUGAAGUUGAAUAUUUUUGGAAGUGUAUGGCAUGGCCAAGGCAGAAAACCCACCUUUUUGCACAAUUAAACUAUCAGUUUUAUGAUCUCUCUCCACAACAUGAGUUCAUACGUUUAAUAUAGAUUAGUAAUCUCACGUUUAGUAGAAAAAAAAACUUCAUUCUGUUAUGACCCACUCAUUUGAUUGAUUAGUAUUCUGGAUUGGUCCAACUAAAUCAUUCCUUAUCAUAAUUAAGAAUGAGAAAUGAUAAUUGUACAUCUAUCAAUUCAGUCCAUGUACCACAAAUUGAAAUUAAACUUAUCAUUCAUGUAAAUAAAUUUAAUUAGAGUUGAUAACUGACUCAACGCGUUUAAUUACAUUACUCUAAUACAAAUAUGGAUGCAAACAUAAGAACACAAAUAUGUCAUAAAUGAGCUAAAAUUAUCAAU